UUCAGGUGAAUGAACAGGUGCAAGGAGAAGAUUGGGACGGUCCUGCCAGGCAAGGAGGUGGGGCAAGUGUCUGUCCUGCUCCCUUCCACACCCCAUUUCUCUUCCUGCUCCUGUGCCUCAAAUUCACAUGAACUUGCUUAUCCAGCCACACUGGGACAGGAUGGCUCGUCAGCUUUCCCAUCUCAUCUCCCGUUGCAUCUAAGAACCCAGGAGUGCAGGAAUUCCAAGUCACCGAAUUCAACCCAGCCCAGAAGACCUUACUUCUUCCACCUCCUUUUUGUUUCUUUUCCUGCCAUAAUCAAUGAGCACAACCCUAGAGAACCCAGGUGUCCUGGUUCCUGCCUUCUCUAACCUGCUCUAACCCCCACUCUGACCCCAGGAGCCCUCGCUGCCUUCCAUGAUGGGUUCCCCUUGGCUCCUCUUUGGUCUGCCUGCCCUGGGGAUCUAUGCCCUGACCUCUCACUGUCUGCGAAAGAGACCGCACCUGCUGCACCGUCUGCGCAAGUUUCCCGUUCGAUGCCGGCAUGUAUCCCACCGUGGAGGCAGUGGAGAGCGGAUUGAGAACACUCUGGAAGCCUUUAGCCAUGCUCAGAGCCAGGGAACAAAUCUACUGGAACUUGACUGCCACAUGACAAGGGAUGGGGUUGUGGUUGUGUCUCAUGACGACGAUCUGGAACGUCAGACAGGACACUGCGUUAAGAUCAGCGAGACGGACUAUAAGGAUCUGCCUCCCUAUAAGGAUCGUCUGGAGGUGGUCUUCUCGCCAGGCUGCUAUUCCCAUGGCUCAGAUCACCACAUUCCUCGCUUGGAGGAGGUUUUUCAGAAAUUCCCUGGCUUACCUAUCAACAUAGAAAUUAAGCAGGAUAAUGAUGAACUCAUACAGAAGGUAGCAGAUCUCGUCCGUCAAUAUGAUCGCUCCCACAUCAGCAUCUGGGCAGCCUUUGAAAGUGAAGUGCUGAAGAAAUGCUGUGCAGCUAACAAAGACAUGCCUUACGUCUUCUCUGUCAGAAGUGGCGUUACCAUCCUCCUCCUCUACUAUGUGGGGCUGCUGCCUUUUAUACCACUGAAAGAAUCUUUCCUCGAGUUUGUACUGCCCUCCAUCAUGAACAGGACUUUUUUUCCGGUGGAAAAGGGCUUCUGUGGAGCACUGCUAGCCAAGUUUACCCACAAGGUGACCAUGAGGAAAAAGCUUUUUAAGCAUCUUGAAGACCGAGGAAUACAGGUUCUUCUUUGGGUUCUGAAUGAAGAGAAAGAUUUUGAUGAAGCCUUUAGCUAUGGGAUCUCUGGGGUCAUGACCGAUUAUCCCUCCUAUCUCCGGAAGUAUCUGGACAGCCACCCACCCCUUCUCAAUGAAUAAUUUCAUGGGGGAGGGGAGAUCAAACACGUUCCUUACUAAUACAGGCUGUGGCAUAGGGUAGGGAAGAGACAAUUUGUAUUGGGCCCAGAAAAAAAGGAAAACUCAGAAAACAAAUAAACUUUAUUGUAACUAAGA